GCAUCUCUGGUUCGGACUUUCUUGUUUACUUGUCGCUUGUGAAAACAUAAAGUUCUUCUAAAAAAAAAAUAUUUAUUUGCACUUAGUGGUUGCACUUAGUGUAGGUGUUCUUGUAUUUGGAGUUUUUCAAACCUUUUAAAUUAGUAAUAUUUCGAAAGAAGAACAAUUACGAGCGUAUAAUAUCAUAUCUCCAGUAUAACACAUUUUCAAUUCCUAUACCCAUAAUGGCUUACUAUAAAGGAGCAGCCAGUGAAGGCGGACGAGCGAUGCAGCUUAUGAAGAAACGUGAAAUCGCUCAACAAGAGAUUGAGUUCCGGAAAAAGAAAAUUGAGGAGGAUCUCAAGGUUAGCAAUAUUGAAAAUAAAUUCGCCACCCACUAUGACGCGGUGGAGCAACAGCUUAAGACCUCCACGAUUGGUCUGGUUACACUAGAUGAAAUGAAACAAAAACAAGAGGACAUAGUCCGAGAACGUGAGAAAAAACUAGCACAGAAAAAAGAAGAAAAGGACAGAGAAAAACUCCGUGCUUUGGAAGCUAAACAGGCAGAAAAAGAUCGUCAAAAACGACAAAUACAAGCAUUAUCAUUCAAUCCAGAUGAUUGUGAAGAAGACAAUAGUAGUAGCGAUAUAGAGGAAGAAGUUGCACCAAAGAAAUGGCAAACCGAGGAAAGUACUGGUUCAAAAAAUAAAAAGAUUCGGAAGAAUCCAGAUGUAGAUACUUCAUUUUUGCCAGAUCGCGAACGAGAAGAAAUGGAUAAUAAAUUACGCGAAGAACUACGUCAGGAAUGGGCAAUGAAACAGGCUACUCUCAAGGAUCAGGAAAUAAUGAUAACUUUCAGCUAUUGGGACGGAUCUGGACACAGAAAAUGUGUAACUAUGAAAAAAGGAAAUUCAAUUUAUCAGUUUUUGCAGAAAUGUCUUGAAAUGCUUCGCAAAGAAUUCAGCGAAUUAAAAACCGUUAUGGCAGAUCAAUUAAUGUACGUAAAAGAGGACUUGAUUCUGCCACAUCAUUAUACGUUUUAUGAUUUCAUCGUAACAAAGGCCCGCGGGAAAAGUGGCCCAUUGUUUAAUUUUGAUGUAAAAGACGACAUUCGAAUGAUUAGUGAUGCCACAGUGGAGAAGGAAGAGUCACAUGCUGGAAAAGUUCUGUUACGAUCUUGGUACGAAAGAAACAAACAUAUAUUUCCCGCAUCACGAUGGGAACCAUACGAUCCUACAAAAGUCUACGAUAAAUAUACAAUUAAAGAUAAAUGCAAGAAAUAAUUCCGUUCGAAUAAAAUAUAUACUAAACUUACACAA